CCCUAGCGGCACGUCGCUCCGCCCCGCCGCUUCACGUCCCGCUACCUGUCCUCUAGAUGCCGCCUCGUCCUCUCGUCCCACCCAGAGUCUCCCGGCGACUUCGCAAGUCGCCUCGCCCCACGUCGCUCCGAGCCGCCUCACGUCGUUCCGCUUGCACGUCUUCCCGCCCCACGUUUCCCCGCCCCACGUCUCACCGCCAACGUCACCCCGCCUCGCGUCACCCGGUCGGCCGUCGCUCGGCGGACAUGUGGGCGGCUCUCGGCAGGGCCGGGGGGCUCCAGGUGGGGCUCUUUCUGGGCGGCGCUCGAGGCCUGCACAGCUCGCCGGUCUCCUGCGGCAAGAACCUACUCAAGAAAUUUGCUUCGAAAACCAAGAAGAAGUUUUGGUAUGAAGGUCCUUCCUUGGGCUCUCACUUGGAGACUCACAAGCCGUCCCAGUGGGCAUCCCUGACCAAGAGCACCUCCAAGAGAGCCAGGAGGGAAGACCACGUGCGCCUGAGGGCCCUGAAUGGCCUCCUCUACAAAGCGCUGACUGAGUUGCUGUGCACCCCGCAAGUGAGCCAGGAGCUCUGCGACUUGCACGUGGCGCUCUCCAGGGUCUCUCUGACUGCAGACUUCUCCGCCUGCCGCGUGUUCUGGAGGACGACCGUCUCUGAGGCUCGGAACGCAAGCGUGGAGGCCGUGCUGCGGAGGAGCGCUGCGCCCAUGAGGCACCUUUUGAUGUCCCAGCAGACCCUGAGGAACAUGCCGCCAAUAGUGUUUGUUCAGGACAAAAAAAAUGCAGCUGUAGUGGAGGUCGAUCGGUUACUGGCCGUUGCUGAUUUUGGACCCCCGGAUGAAGAAGACUUUGUGCAAGACGAUUCCAGCGACCCCGAGGCCCUGGACACUGCAUCGCCGUGUGAUACCCUGGGCCCUGCCGCACCCUCGAGUCUGUGUGGGAUCGACCACGAGGCUCUCAACAAGCAGAUCCUGGAGUACAAGAGGAGGAGAGAGAAAGGGCGUGGGAGCGUGGGCCCAGCGUGGCUGGAGCACACGACUGAGCUGAUGAGGAAGAGGAAGGCCAAGCCCCGCGUGGACGACGACCUCUCUCCCAAGGGCUGCCUGUGGGAGACGGGGAGUGACGAGCCCCUGGACGACGGGGCCCUUCCCGAGGAGCACGGCCCGGGGUACGCAUGGGGGCUCCAGGGGCAGAGCGGGAACCAGAGGCAGAGAGAAAGGAUCGCGGAUCCUGACCCGCGCCCGUGAGCACACGGAGACCCGCGCUGCUGGUGCCCCCGGGACGCCCUUGUGCAGGUGCACGCUGAGCUGUGCGGGUGUCAUCCCUGAGCCCUUCCGACCUGUUGCUGUGCUGCAGUGAGAGGAGGGCGAGGCUGUGAAAUCUCCGAGGUCCGUGGCGUACGGUCCGCCCUCCGUAUUUGGGGUUCCAGGCUUGCAUGUUUGCUAGCUCGCUAGAGUUUCUCCACGGCCCCCAGAUCCACGCUUGUGGCACUUUCGUGGUCAUUCUUGGACACGCCAAGACCAGUGGGAUGCACACGUGGCCUUGUGGUCACACGAGGCACUGCUCCGUCUGCUUUGUUCAUCUCGGGCUGUGAACAGCCGCCCUCUCUGAUCGGGUUAGCGCCACGUUAGUGCCUUCUGACAGAGAUUUCACUCAUGGUGCCUACGUGCAAGAGGCCGUGAUGUGUCUCCUAGAAAAAGCACGUGUUAGAUGAGCCUCGUUAGGAAAUAAAUAAAUCAUUUAAUUCUGACACAGAAA